CUACGAUAUAUCUCUCCCCAACCCGUCUUCUUUUUCCCCACCAAACCCACCUCGCCGGCCGACCAGACCGCACGAAGCGAAACCCAGUAACCCACUCUCGAUUCUCCGCCGCUUCCGGCUGCUCUGCUCGUCGCGGAUCCCGCCGGUAACCCACUCUCGAUUCAAGCCAUGGCCGCCGGCUCCGCCGAUCCCGUCGUCACCACCGCCACCUGCGCAAACUGCCAUCGAGAAAUUCCAUCUCCAAACAUCGAGUUGCAUUCUGCGCACUGCGCGCGCAACCUUCAAAAAUGCGAACACUGUGGAGACAUGAUUCCAAGGAAGCUAAUGGAUGAACACUAUAAUGAGAACCAUGCUCCGGUGAUAUGCUCACUUUGCCAACAAACUGUAGAACGUGAGCUAUGGGAUCUACAUAAAGGCUUACAAUGCCCACAAAGGAUGCUCGCAUGCCAAUAUUGUGAGUUUGAGCUGCCUGCAGCCGAUAUUUUUGAGCACCAGGAUGUGUGUGGAAAUCGAACAGAAUAUUGUCAGCCUUGCAGGAAGUACAUCAGACUGCGGGAAUUGAUUGGACAUGAAAUCCAGUUCCAUUCUCACCCCAAUGUUGCUUCAGAAUCUUCAAGUGACAGAAGCACGCUGGAAGAAGAGAGUUAUCCAGCAGAAGAGCAACCAGCACGGCCCAAGCCCCCUCAAGGUUUACAUUGCAAGCAAUUGAUCAUCACAAUUGCGGUAGCUGGAAUUGCAAUUCUGAUUGGAUCAAUUCUGUUAAAAAAGAAUGGAUGGUUAUUAUGAUGUAUCCAACAUAAACAUAAGCCUUAUUAACGUGUAAAUUCCCUUCGUAGUCUAUGGGCUUUUAUGUUUGAGGUCAUUGUAUGAAUGACCUGAUUAAUGUGUAUUGGACCAAAAGGUAUUUCUACAUGCUGGCAGCUGUUAAUCUAUGUAAAAAUGUUUUUUUAUUUACAAGUACGAAGCUUUACUUUUAAAAGUGA